UGUACAACUAUAAAAUAUUCCAUGUUCAUUUCAGUAUAUGACGUCUUACUGAACAUGUUUUACAGUAUAUGUUAAAAAUCAAAGACAAAUUCCAGUGUGAAAAUAUGUACAUCUGUACAUUCUUGGUUCCUCCAAAGGUUUCAACCUCUGAGCAUCUUAGGGAGUUUAUCCUUGAACCUAUGUAUAUGAAUUGUCCCUGUUUGGGGUUUGUCUCACACAUAGUAAAUACAUAAUGCAUUAUCUAUUACUGAAAGCACGGAGGGGGGCACUGAUGUUAUUCGCUUCGGAUUGGCCCAGAUGGCUUGUAAGUGUUCUGUUAAAUCCUGAGGAUAAAUGGAUUAGGUGGAGGUCACAGCGAGUCUGGACACAAUUCACUCUAAACCUGCUCCUCACCUCUACUCCGGUCCCUUACCUGAAAUAUGCAAAAAAAGGGAAUAUGACAGCAUCUACAGUCAAGGUCCACGGAUUACAAGGCCAUAGUGGAUGUUGGAGAUCUGGGUAGUACCUGUGCUAUUAUGAAGCUAAGGCCGUCAUCCAGGAGUGUAAAAAUACCUAACCUAAGCUGCUUAUGUGGCCCUCUCGGUCUUCUCUCCCUGUUCACUUCCCUCCUCCCCGUAGAACAUGCUUCCUGUCUUCUCCCGUUUACCCAGUAUGUUAUGUCACCCUAAAAUAAAAUGAGCUUUACAUCUGGACAUAAAGCAAUUUACCGCUGAGACGGUAAAAGCAACAUUUCCCAUCGACAAUGGCAGUCUUAAAAGUGACAUUUACGAAGACAAACAGAGACAAACUGGCCCAGGUUUUAUGGGUCCUGAACUGGGUGUCUGUGGUAACAGGAGUCACGCUCUUCAGCCUGGGCCUGUUCUUAAAGGUGGAGAUCGUGAAGAGACGGGAGCUGAUGUCAAAAGAGAUCGUGUCAGUUCCAAACAUGCUUAUCUGUGUUGGCUUGACUGCCUGUGCGAUCAAUUUCCUCGGGGGAAAGAUCUGCUAUGACUGUGUGGACACCACCAAGUUCUUGCGAUGGAAGCUGCUGAUGCUGCCUUACAUCAUAUGUACCUUUUUCUUUACAUUUUGUAUCCUCGUUGGAGCGCUGAUGUGCUAUAGCAUGCGUAACGAUCUGGAGGAGUCGCUGUUUUUAGGCUUGCGUGAUGCCAUGCGCUAUUAUAAGGACACGGACAUGCCAGGCCGCUGCUACAUCAAGCGCACAAUGGACAUGCUGCAGAUGCAGUUUCAGUGCUGUGGCAACGGAGGCUAUCGAGACUGGUUUCACAUUCAGUGGAUUAGCAACCGCUACCUCAAUAUGACCGAUAGCGAAGUUGUGGAGCGACUGCGGAGUAAUGUGGACGGGAAAUAUCUGAUCGACGGAGUGCCGUUUAGCUGCUGUGGCCUGCAUUCUCCUCGACCCUGCAUCCAACAUCAAAUCACUAACAACUCAGCACACUAUAAUUACGACUUCCAGAAGGAGGAGCUGAACCUGAACCGGAGGGGCUGCAGACAAGCCCUGCUGGAGCACUACACACAGAUAAUGCAGUCUAUCGGCUUAAUCGUACUCAUCAUCUGGCUUUUUGAGGUGUCAGUGUUGACAGGAGUGCGUUAUCUUCAGACCGCCAUGGAGAAUGUGCUGAGGUUAGGAGACCCUGACUCUGAGUCUGACGGCUGGCUUCUGGAGAACAGCAUUGCGGACACUGCACGUUACAACUUCAACAUCAUUAAGAACCUGGGAAAGUGCUACCAGGUAGAUGACGACCCCAAUAUAGAUGUACCAAGCACCAGCCAGCAAGCACAAGAGAACGUGCCUGUAAAGCAAAUCCCUGUGGCCCGGUAGCACAAGAGACAUUGGACAUUGAGACUUACCCAGCCAUUCAACAAUGGCAGCCUUGGAGAGGCAGAUCAAGCUUUGCAUUGACUCUGCAGCCUUUGACUUCAUGCACACAAAGAGGAGUGGAUGUUAAGAAUGGCCUGAAACAAUAAAACACAAUGUGAAGGAGCUCUUAGCUGAAAGGCACUGCAUUGCAAUGUAAUCCUUGUGCCAUACAAAAAAAAAAGAUAAUGAAAUAUGAAUUGCAUUUUAAGAUGCUGGAGAACAGGACUGAUUUGUAACACUGGCUAACAUUGCUGUAAAGAAAGAUGGUAAUGGAAGACAAGCUUCUCUGUGCCUCUACCCUGUAAUGAAUAUUAUUUUGUCCAUCCUAAAAUAUAUAUUAACGAUAAACACAUUUUAAUCUAAAAAGGGUUAAUUAUAGGCCUUUGUUCCAUUACUAAGGAGCUAUUACCAUCCAUAAUGUAUGAAAUGCCUUUCUCUUUCACUCACUUGCUUUACUUGUUUCAUUGUAGGUCCGUAUUCAAGUUUUCCUCUAGUAAACCACUCACACAUUCCUUUGGAGACUUGCAGUAUCUGACAAGGAUGAAUUUUAACUCGAUGGCUAGCAAACAUCUUAUUAAUACGAACUGUGGCUUCCAUGUGUUAUUGCAGCACUACUGUUUUAUAUAAGCCUAAACUGUAUUAAGUCUAAAUUACAUGUUCAAUCCGUUGUGCGUUUAUUCUUUUAAUUGUAAAUUUAUUUCUCACAAUUGCUACAUUUUUCUUAUAUUUGGUGACUAUUCAAAGUAAAAUGUUUUGUCAGUUUUUAUCAGUCAUUUCUCAUAUUCAGAAAUAAAGUCAGACAUCUGAGAAAGGUGUA